AGGACAAAGCUGUAUUAGUGGACGAUGUGACGACGUUAGCGUCGGAAAGACGGGGCAACGGCGAUGCCUCAGGGGGUAUAAAUAUGCCGGCGGCCGAGUUGCUUAAACAAACACUUGCUGUUAGCGAUUACAACUGCAUCAUGUACACCGCACUGGUCACGUUACUCGCAUUGUCGGCCUGCGUUUUGGCCCGACCAGCGGGCGAUUCCAAGGAUCCGAUUCCGAUAGUGUCCCAGGAAUCAGACGGACCGAAUCCCGACGGAUCGUACAAAUGGAGUUACGAAACCGGCAACGGAAUCAAAGCGCAAGAAGAAGGCUCGCUCGUCGACGCCGGAACCGAAAAGGAAUCGAUCUCGGCCAAGGGUAGUUACAGUUACACGGGAGAUGACGGGGUUGCCAUUAAUCUGUCGUACACGGCCGACGGAGAAGGGGGCUUCAAACCGGUGGGAGAUCACCUUCCGACCCCACCACCCACACCCGAGGCCAUUCUGAAGGCGCUCGAGUGGAACGCGGCCCACCCUUCCAAGGAGGACGAUAACCAAGUUUGAUCCCGAACACCGCAAUACCGCCGCUACCGCGUUACGCGAAGAACCCCUCCUCCAUUUUUUCCCGGAUUUGACCAGAGCAGACCCAUGUCCAGCCGCAACCACUACCAGUGCCUGUAAAAAUGUACUAAACAUGGUUGAAACGUUGUACAUAUUUAUUAAUUUUUAUUAUUUUUACUACACAAACCAAUAUAAGGUGACGAUAAAUACCGAAAAAAAAGUAACAAAAAAGAAAAAAAAAAAAAACAAGAUGAAGCCCUACAAAGCAAAAUGCACGAGCAACGAAAAAUGUAAGCUGAAUAAUAAAAGGAAUAAACAGUAAUAUACCGAA